AUGGCCAAAAUAGGGAUGGUAGUACAAAAGCCGGCGGACUCGAAAUGGAGCGAAGUCUAUUCGCCGAGGAGAGACCACUACGUCUACAUGUUGGUCACCAUGUUCGUGACGACGGCAAUGUUCACGCAAAGUUGCUCCAUCAUGGCUUCUCUGACUAUGCUGAUAGCCCUCAUCGAGGCCACUGCCAUCUACCGCGACAACGCCUGUUUCCUGCUCAUCUUGCUCUUCUUGAACACCAUCUGCGCCGUCGCCCAAAGCGUGUACUGCGUCACCCUCUUCCAGCUCCUCUCCGUUCCAGGCGGCGUCACAAGGUUUGUUCUCUUAUCUCCAACAGAACUUUUCAAUCUCUAGUUACGUAACUUCUCUAGUUCAAAGGCAGAGGGGCAGUAAAAAACGGGGUUAUUGGUGAAAAAUACUUGUCUUGUAUAGUCAAUGUUUCCCGACUUGAAAGGCGUGGCAAGGGGCGGGACGCGUAGCGUGUGCGUACGCGGUUCUUGGCACGUGUUCAAUUCAACCGCUAGCGAGCAUUCAGAGAGCUUAUUUAUUGCUCUUUUCACUUGUUUUUUAAUUAUUUAUUGAUUAUGUUCAUGUGUGCAUCAAAAAAAUAGAAGAAAAAUACAGAAAAAGAGCGGUGGCCGAGCUUUUUAAAUAGUCGGCGGCGAUUGAAUUGAACUGGCGCCAAGAACCGCGUACGCGCCCCGCCCCUUGCCCCGCCUCCCUCGCCUUUCAAGUCGGGAAACAUUGACUAUAGACCUUCUCAUUGUCAAUCGAACGGUGUACUCAAAAAGUCACAGCAGGGAUUACUUUCGAAGAAAAACUCGCAUUUCUUUUUUUGUCAUUUGGUUUUUUGAAAUCUGCUUUGGAUCGGUGUACACAAAACUGAUUACAGUAGCCGUGCACGAGAAGUUGCGGAAGUGUCAUUAGACUCGCAUUUUGUGAGAAAAAUCUGCUCAAAAUCAAAGAUUUUUUUUCUGAAAAAACAUUCAAAAACCUUAAAGUUAUCCUUAAUACCGUGUUCAAAGCGAUUUCAAAAUUGAUGUCACUAUCGUUUGAAAUAAAUUGGCGAAUCACCGCGUUUUUUCGACGACGCGAGGCCCACUUGUUCUCCGUAAAGUGUCGUGUGUCAUGUGCAUGCUUUGCGCCGCUUUCGCGCAGAAAGUUGCGUUAACGCAGAGAAAUUUCGAUUCGUCUUGAAGACUUCUGCUUUUAAUAUGCCCUGUUAUUUAAGUUCUUAGAGCCGGAAUCUCUGCCGUUUCCAUGGCGUCACACAAAAACGCCGUGCAAAUGUGAAAAAAAUUUCGGGAGCCGUAAUAAACAUUGGGUUCUACAACGAGAUAACGACUUUACGCGCGAAAUCCAAGAACUUGAAUAACCUGGGCAUUCAUAACAAAAGUUUUGAAUGAGCGCGUAAAAGUCCCGGCAUAUUAUUACCCAAAUUUUCUAACGGCUUCCUGAAUUCAUUCGUUUUAUUAAUAUAUUGCAGAGCACACCAAAAAGGCGACCUCUCGCCCUUCGCAGCGACAGUUCUCGAGUUGGUCUUCGAGCUCGUUCUCCUGGCAAUGAUGAUCCACCAAUUGCUGCUCACUCUCUGGGUCUACCGCCACGCCAGCAACAAGAAGAUCGCCGCCCACGCCGUCGAACAAGUCGCCGUUGAAACUGUCUGA